UUCCUCCUCCCCCACCCAGCAAGCAAGCCUGCUAGGCCCGGAGCUGCUCCAUUCAGGGCCAGCUGUGCUUGCUGGCGGCCGGGGAGGAGAAGAGGCCGUCCGCGAGGGCCACGUGGGGCCGCCGCUGCCGGGGAAACUCCACUGGCCGAGGAGGCUGGAGCUAUGCAGCAUGGCCGCGGCGGCGCUGGCCGAGGCGGUUUCUAGCAGCGGCGGGAGCCUGGACGGCAGCGGGGGCUCCGGCGGCAGCAGCAACAGCAACAACAACAGCAGCCGGCACGAGAAGAGUCUGGGGCUCCUCACCACCAAGUUUGUAUCGCUGCUGCAGGAAGCCAAGGACGGCGUGCUCGACCUGAAGGCGGCUGCUGAUACAUUGGCUGUACGGCAGAAAAGGCGGAUCUAUGACAUCACCAAUGUUUUGGAAGGGAUAGAUCUAAUUGAAAAAAAGUCAAAAAAUAGCAUCCAGUGGAAAGGUGUAGGGGCUGGUUGUAAUACAAAGGAGGUCAUCGAGAGACUGAGAUAUCUUGAAGCAGAAAUUGAAGAGCUAGAAAUAAAAGAAAAGGAACUGGAUCAGCAGAAACUGUGGUUACAACAAAGUAUCAAAAAUGUUAAGGAAGAUUCCAUCAAUAAACGUUUUUCAUAUAUCACUCAUGAAGACAUUUGUGACUGCUUCAGUGGAGAUACACUACUAGCAAUUCAAGCACCUUCUGGUACACAGUUAGAAGUUCCUGUGCCACAUGUGGGACAAAAGAAAUACCAGAUCAAUUUAAAGAGCAGUCUGGGACCUAUCCAUGUAUUGCUCAUUAACAAAGAGUCCAGUUCUUCCAAACCGGUUGUUUUCCCAGUACCUCCACCAGAUGAUCUCCUGCAGACUGCAGUUCCACUGACUUCCCCUAAACCAAACGCAGAUCCCCAGAGAUUACAAGAGCCUUCAGACCUUAAUCAGAAGCAAUCCCUUCCACAGACUCCAGUGACAGAUAUACCAACAGAUAUCACUUUACAAGGAAGCCCAGCUCCUGAAACACUGUGUGCCAGUAUUCCAGAUUCUGAGUUGUAUGAUAGCCUUGUAACUGAAACCACGCCUAGCUCAACAAUCCUCUCUUCUUCCUUCCUUCCACUGGAUGUCAAUAGUAUUCUAAAGUCGAACACAUUUGACAUAGCAAAGAUGGAUGAACCUGGAGGUGUUAUUAACAGUGAUAUCAUUGAUGAACUAAUGUCCUCUGAUGUUUUUCCUCUGCUACGGCUGUCUCCAACACCUGGAGAUGACUACAGCUUCAACCUGGAUGAUAAUGAAGGAGUCUGUGAUCUCUUCGAUGUUCAGAUCUUGAACUACUAGAUUUGAUGCAACCAGAUUUCCUUAUCUACCUCCUAACUAUGUAAUACAGUAGAUGCAGUUUUAUAAUUUGAGUAUUUAAAAUAAUGAAUGCAAAACUCCAUGACUGACCAAUGCUGGGCAUACAUUUUUUUUAAACUGUUAAUUGUGAACAAUUUCUAAAUGUAAUGCAAUGCAGAGUUGAUACUCAAAGAACUGUUAGAGUAUCUCAGUACAAUUACUUAUAUGCCUAUUUUUUUCAUUUAUUUUUUUAGGAAGCAGAAUUCUUAAUUCUACUUCUGCUUCCAUUAGAGCUAGCAAAUCUGGUCUCUUAGGAACUUCCUAUAAUCAUUAUGAAGUUUUGGCCAUGUUUCAAACUUCCACUGCCAUUUGUAAAGUAAAGGACGGUUUCUUAGGUUAUUUCUCUCCCAGUUCCCUCGGGUGAACCCCAAAAACAUUCUGUGGAGUGCCUUCUUUAUUAGCACUUUAAAUGUCUUUUUUUCUUUUAUUUCUCACAUUCCUAGAUUAAGGAAAGCACUAUUUGUAGUACAUAUUAAAGAACACCAAUACUUGUAUAUUAACAAGAUUUUUUAAAAAUAAAAAUUAUACAAAAGAUU